UGCCAUGGGGUUGAUGUCGGUAGUCCAGAUUUGGUAUGCCGCUCAUGAAGCCGAAAGCAAGUCAACCACACAUUGAGUUUCUCCCCGGCUUCUGUGAAGAGUCCUGGCAACUAACAGGUCAAGUGACAGGUCUCUCAGCACAUGGUGGAGCGAAGGAGGUGCGUUUGAUGAUCGACUGUAGCAUGAGUGCCUCGUGAUCGCUUUGUUGACCUCGAUCGCGCUUUCCUGGGCUGUUUUGCUCUACCACACUCAACCUUACUCCAGGAUCAAUCUUUGAUUGUGCGCAUCAGAAAAAAUGCCUCUACCACGCUACACAUACACAUGUCCAGUGGACCACACUGUGGUGCCAGACAAAUCCCAGGUCAAGGGUAAAUCGGUCAUCAUCACCGGCGGAGCCAAUGGCAUGGGCGAAGCCAUGGUGCGGCAGUUCACUGCUGCUGGGGCCUUCGUGACGAUUGGAGACAUGCACCCUCGCGGUACAGAACUUGAGAAGGAGCUUAACGCCGAUGGGGAGAAAGUGGCUUUUGUUAAAUGCGACAUUCGAAGCUGGGAGGACCAGAUCAAGCUAUUCGAGACGGCCAAGACCAAGAGCCCAAGUCGUAGUGUCGAUGUGGUGAUUGCGAAUGCUGGAAUCAGCAGAAGCUCUGGCGAUAGUCUCUGGAACCUGGACGAUCCCAAAGGGCCACCCACCAAGCCUGACCUCAACAUUGUCAAGGUCAAUCUGGACGGAUCAUUGUACACCUGGAAGCUUGCUGUGCACUACUUCCGACAGCAACCUGACACCGAAGACCGGGAUCGAUGUUUUAUUUUCACAGGAAGCAUGGUCACAUGGAUUGACUCGCCUGGUAACUGGGAAUACACAGCCACGAAAUAUGCUUUGCGAGGCUUCAUGAGAACGGCACGCAGAUCGAGCUGGGAGCAAGGCAUCAGAAUCAACUAUGUUGCUCCAUGCUGGAUCAAGAGUGCCAUCCGGACUGCUGAGUACGAAAAGUGGCUCAUCGAUCAUGGUAUCGAGUUUGGAGAAACCGAAGACUGUGCUGGGUGUAUGAUAAGAAUAGCGUGCGACAAGUCCAUCAAUGGUCAUUCUCUCAUGAUCUGUCCACGCUCAUUGGCCAAAGAAGGAUUCAAGGAUGCAGACAUGGACGACUAUAAAGAACAAGGGUAUUUCAAGAAAACCCAGGAGACACAGUUGGUCAUUAUCGAAGACAAAUGGCUGGAUGACUACAAAGUAAGAGUGUACAAAGACUGAGUUGUAUCAGCGGCUCACUCUGUGACAGCCCCAAGGGAGAAAUCGAAAAGCCUAGCUCACGAACCAUGCUCUCCCUCAUAGCACUGGACCGCGCAGAGUCAUGACAAACUUCGAUAUAUCAUGUGCUAAGGCCGCUAUCCAGGAGCGCCUACUAGUAGCAUAAUGGGUGUCCAUACGUAGGGUCCAAUAUCGAUGAAGAUAGUCUGACCAUUGAGUGUGGUUGGUACAUUGCCCGGCUGUGGACCGAUUGGUCGUAGCAGGGGACGGCCCCGGACCCGACUAAGCAUAGGGUCCCUAUGAUCCCGACUCCCGAGGCUCAAAGCGGAGUGACUUACUCUUUCCAGUAGUGUUGUUAGUAUUAUCUUUGAUUCUGUG